CUACCGUUGUCUCCCCUGACAAUUCCUGGUGCUGCCCCGCCUCGAAACCGUCUCCUCCAAUACCGCCGCCACCCCUUUCCUCCAUAGCCCCGUUACAGCCCCCCAAACGGACCCUCAAUUCUAGAACCCAUUUCAGCUUCUGUCGUUGCUAUCAUCAUCUCCGUCAACAUCCCCGUUAAAUUUCAAGAUCCGAUACUCACCCGCUACACUUCCUCAACCCAUGGGCUCACCCAUCGCCACCACGACCACCGUUUACGGCGGUGCCACCCCCCAUGAUUUUUUCUCAACUUCAUUCAGCAAGUUCAAUUCAGCUUUGACCGCAGGCCUUCUCAACCCAAUGUCACCACCACAAUCAAUCGAUAAAACCCGUUCAAGCACAACCCUUUUCGAAAUGAUGGCCAGCGAGCUCGAUGUCCACCCAAGAACCACCCAGAUCUCCACUCAAACUCCCGUGCUUUCGGCCCCAAAACCAUCACAAGUCCCACCACUGGACAAACAAUCGUUAAUGCAACAACGUCUGAUCAACGUUUUAGCGUGUCGAAGCCCUGGAAAUCAAUUCAAUGAUUCGAAUUCAAGUGAUAUGAAGUUAACUUUGAGCUCAAAAGAUGGUCUUAGUGUGUGUAUAAAUGUUCAUAGGCAGAUCUUGGUUGGGCAUAGUCGUUUUUUCUCUGUCAAGCUGUCCGAGAGGUGGGGGAAACAGCAGAGAAUUUCGACUCCAUACAUUGUUGAGAUCGCGGAUUGUGAUGAUAUUGAGGUUUAUAUUGAGACUCUUAGGUUGAUGUAUUGUGAGGAUUUGAGGAAGAAAUUGAUGAAAGAAGAUGUUUCCAGAGUCCUUGGUAUCUUAAAGCCACAACAGCCCGUCUCAAAAAUCCAAACCCAGCCCACUAAACCCAAUCGUCGUCGCCUGCGCGAAACCACCAUCACCACAACCCCCGUCGCCACCACCAUAACAUUUGACUCCUCCAUCGCAUAUUUAACAUACAACCACCACCAAACCCCCAAACUCGACCCCCCUACCGUUGUCUCCCCUGACAAUUCCUGGUGCUGCCCCGCCUCGAAACCGUCUCCUCCAAUACCGCCGCCACCCCUUUCCUCCAUAGCCCCGUUACAGCCCCCCAAACGGACCCUCAAUUCUAGAACCCAUUUCAGCUUCUGUCGUUGCUAUCAUCAUCUCCGUCAACAUCCCCGUUAA